AUGCUCGUCAGUCCCCGUCAGGAGCUUCGCAUCGCCGUUACCAAGGAGGACCUGCCAUCGUUUGAGUAUAUCGGCGAUAAGGAUAGCGUUGCUUCGGUUGUAUAUCUGCGAUUAGGAGGCUGCUGCCAGGGGGCUCUUGUCUGUCGACAUGAGCCGCAUAUCCAAGAGUUUGGCUUUAUUUUCCUGAAUCUUAAGCUCUGCGAGAAUGUCCGGAGCUCAGCUUUCAACAUUGUGGCCCAUAAAGCCCGGAUUCGCUCCUCUGGAUGGUCAGAAUCGUUCUGGCGAGUUUGCGCUGUCGGGUCAGGUGCAUAA